GCCGGUUGAUAGCGGGAUCGUUGUUAGUCACAGCGGGACCACGUACGGUGGCGGUCGUGGAGUCAAGAGUCGUGAACGGCGAGAGACAGACAAACAAAAGAAGAGGAAAGACGGGGGCGAACACUCGUCACCGCGGGCACCUGAGGGGAAGACUGGAACGACUGGAGAGAGAGAGAGAGAGAGAGCAGAGUGAUCCGACACGCAGCCUGAUCUGGGCGUUCUGAGCACGGUGGUAACGCGCCUCGAUUCCCGGCAACGUAAUAGAAGAGUCUCUGUCGUCGUCGUCGUCGUCAUCAUCGUCGUCGCCGUCGCCGCCGCCACCGUCGUCUCUCUCGAUCGUGCGCUUAAUUCGGUGCGUGGGCUCCUACUGGUGCGCGCGCGCGCGCGCGUGUAUGUCCUCGCGUGUGUUCCAUCGUCGUCGUUGUUCGCGUUGAGUGCCGUCGUCGGUUGGUUUCCGUUUGUGUUUUUUAAUAACGUUGUGCCUCGCGCACACGGCGGAAAGACGAGCGACGACGCAUAGUGCAUCCAACACUGCUGUGAGGAGAAAGAGAUAGGAGUGCCAGUUGGAGGAGGAGAAGGCGCGUCGGGGUGGUGUAGAGGAAGACGCAGCAGCAGAGCAGCAGCAGCAGCAGCAGCAGCACGAGAAAAAGGAGUAAAAGGAGAGGAGGAUACGGUGGAGGUGAAGGGGGGGGAGGCGGUGGUGCGGAGCGGCGGAUUUGUUUUCUUGCACAACGGUGGAGCAAAACGGCCUCAAGCUGUGGGGCUCUGGGGCGUUUUUCCUUCCUCCGCAAGGGAUGUACUACCCUCAUAUGGUGCAGACAGGGAUGGCUGCGCCCUAUGGUGGGGGUGUCUUCCCUCCUCCGGUAAACGGGGUCGCGGGUGUUGUGGGGGCGGCCGGUGCAGCCGGUGACGUUAAGCCACCGCCACCAGUGACGGUGAAGGAGGAGAACGCUGGUGCACCCCAACAACCACCCCCGACCGGCGGGCCCCAGGUGCCGCCUGCGGCGGGUGCACCCCAUCCCGCCGCCCCCGGUGCGCCGACCGCGGCCAGCUUCAGUCCGCCUCCGCCUCCGAAUGGGGUCGAUCAACAGGCCAUCUCGGAGGUGUUUCAGGCUGCAGUGGUGGCAGCGGCGGCAGCAGCCGCGAGUGGCGGUGGCCAGCAACCCGCACCAACACCAGGCGGUGGCAGCGAGACCAACCCCGAAGGCGGAGUGGAGGCUGCUGCGUUGGCACCUGUCACCUCAGGCGCGACGACACCUGCGACAGCGACACAAGGCACCGACCUCAAAGGUCAACCGAAACGCUUGCACGUUAGCAACAUACCUUUUCGCUUCCGAGACCCUGACCUCAGGGCAAUGUUCGGGCAAUUCGGGCCAAUUCUUGACGUGGAAAUUAUAUUUAAUGAAAGAGGAAGCAAGGGAUUCGGUUUUGUAACAUUCGCAAAUAGUGCUGACGCGGACCGGGCACGUGAGAGGCUACACGGCACCGUGGUUGAGGGCAGAAAGAUUGAGGUGAACAACGCAACGGCGAGGGUACAGACGAAAAAACCGCCGACGGUGCCGAACGUGUGCGUACAGUGGCCUGAGGCCGCGGCGCUCAGAGGAGUCGCCAUACAGCGUGGCCGAGUAGGAGCGGCAAGGGCGACUUUCCCGACCAGCGCGGCCGCCCUGGCGCUGGCUAGGAAUCCGGGGCCGCUCGCAGCCGCAGCUGCAGCCACGGCCCUGCAUCCCUUCGCAUCCGCUGUUUACUACGACCCCUUCCUCGCGGCCCACGCAGCGACGCAGGAUCCCAACUACAGGUUGCAGCUGGAAUGGCCUCAAGCAACAGCUGACGCCGCGGCAGCGGCAGCCGCAGCCUCACCGUUGUUGAAGACACCACUAUCAUCGGCACAACAGGCUACAUACGCAGCUGCAGCGACCUACACGGCGGUGGCUGCGCGCGCAUACGGCGCAGCUGCAGCUGCGGCACAACCGGUCGCAGGAUAUGCCGCAGUCGCGGGCUACGGGCGUGAAUACGCCGAUCCCUACCUCGGACAUGGCAUCGGACCUGUGGCGGGUUACGGGGCAACAGUAUACAGAGGUAGCUACAACAGGUUCACGCCAUACUAAAUGGAUCGUUGAUAGCAGAGCGCGAGAGCCUUCCAAGUUAUACUCAGCAGAACAUGACCAGACACAAGUCGAUCAACAAUCAUCAUUGUCAUUUUUGCCAUCACCGAGAUCACCCACGAGACGACGAGCCUGGACCCUUCUACGCAUGCUAA